AUGUCGCCCCCCUCGACUCCAAUCUCUUCAUCCCCUCGAUCACCCCACUCUCCACCAAGUGCGCCUCGUCCGAACAAAUUUCGAGAUGCCUUACAAUCUUCUGUCGAAACGGAACAAAAUAUCAGAGCGUCUAUUGAUCAUUAUCGUGGUAGUAUCAUUACCCUCGUUGCGCAAGACUUUAAGAAGAAGAUUGGAAAGAAGCUCAACGUGAAACAGAAAUCCCAAACUGCAGGUUCGGCAGAUAGCCAAACAUCGGUCAAUGUCCCUCCAGCUACUGCGAAACCUAGAGAUCGAUGUGAGACGUCGGCUGCGGGUAGGAGGCAGGUGGUCUAUGGAUCGGUGGAGGGGCAUGCGGCGAAUGAUGGGUUUGUUAGGAGAAGUGAGGCUGAGAGGGAAGCGGAGAGGAAGUUUUGGUCUUGA